UGCGUAUUCUCAUUCUGUGGGCGCGUUGAAGAAACUGAGACGAAUCUGAUCCUUAAAUUGCUGCAAAAUAAGUACAAACGACGAUGCGGAAAUUUGUAGCAGACAAAGCCAAAAAUCUCAUCACCACCACUUCCUUGCUGCAGACCAAUUCAACAGAAACGCUCAGACUUUCGUCGUCGUCUUCUUCUUCAUCAGCUUUAUCUCAAUCUGCUACUCGUUUCUUCACAUCUACUCCCUCUUCUCCUGAUUCAAUGGCUUCUACUAAUUCACCCCCUUCGGUCACUCUUCAAAACAUCAACCCCAAGGUCUUGAAGUGUGAGUAUGCUGUUCGUGGUGAGAUUGUCACCGUGGCGCAGAGAUUGCAGGAAGAAUUACAAGCAAAGCCAGGUUCUCAUCCCUUUGAUGAGAUACUUUAUUGCAAUAUUGGAAAUCCUCAGUCUCUUGCUCAGCUGCCUAUCACUUUUUUCCGAGAGGUUCUUGCACUAUGUGACCAUCCGGCCAUUUUGGACAGAAUUGAAACUCAGGGUUUGUUCAGUGCGGAUGCCAUAGAACGAGCUUGGAAGAUCCUAGAUCAAAUUCCUGGAAGGGCAACUGGUGCAUACAGUCACAGUCAGGGUAUCAAGGGAUUACGUGAUACAAUUGCUGCUGGUAUUGAAGCCCGUGAUGGUUUUCCUGCUGAUCCAAAUGAUAUUUUCUUGACAGAUGGUGCAAGUCCUGCGGUCCACAUGAUGAUGCAAUUGCUGAUAAGAUCAGAGAUGGAUGGAAUUCUUUGUCCCAUUCCUCAGUACCCUCUGUAUUCCGCUUCGAUUGCCCUCCAUGGUGGCACUCUUGUUCCUUACUACCUUGAUGAGGCAACAGGGUGGGGGUUAGAGAUUUCGGAGCUUAAGCAGCAAUUAGAAGCUGCCAAGUCUAAGGGCAUUACUGCCAGGGUCUUGGUUGUAAUAAAUCCAGGAAACCCAACAGGGCAGGUCCUUGCUGAGAGCAACCAGCGGGAAAUUGUGGAAUUUUGCAAGAAAGAGGGUCUUGUUCUUCUGGCAGAUGAGGUAUAUCAGGAAAAUAUUUAUGUUCCUGACAAGAAGUUUCACUCAUUUAAGAAAAUCUCCCGAUCUAUGGGGUAUGGUGAGAAGGAUAUCUCCCUGGUGUCUUUUCAGUCAGUCUCUAAAGGGUAUUACGGGGAGUGUGGAAAAAGGGGAGGAUAUAUGGAGGUUACUGGUUUUAGUGCUGAAGUAAGGGAACAAAUCUACAAAGUAGCAUCUGUAAAUCUUUGUUCUAAUAUCUCUGGUCAAAUUCUUGCCAGCCUUGUCAUGAAUCCUCCGAAGGUUGGUGAUGAAUCCUAUGAGUCCUAUUCUGCAGAGAGAGAUGGAAUACUCUCAUCACUAGCAAGGCGUGCAAAGACGCUAGAAGAUGCACUCAAUAGUUUAGAGGGUGUGACUUGCAACAGAGCUGAAGGAGCAAUGUAUCUCUUUCCGCGUCUUCACUUGCCCCAGAAAGCAAUAAAAGCAGCAGAAGCAGCAAAAACGGUCCCAGAUGCAUUCUAUGCUCGCCGCCUCCUUGAUGCCACUGGAAUUGUUGUUGUUCCAGGAUCUGGAUUCCGUCAGGUCCCUGGAACUUGGCAUUUUCGGUGCACAAUUCUGCCUCAGGAGGACAAGAUUCCGGCAGUGGUCUCUCGUUUGACAGAAUUUCACAAAGGAUUCAUGGACGAGUUCCGUGACUGAAACUGAAAGAUAUUUUUUUUUUUCACAAAUUCAGACCCUGCCUCCGAAGAGUUCUAAAUAAAAUAGUAACCAUUAUGUUCGUGUUCAUGGUUAUCUUGUAUUUUUCCUUUUCCAACAUUUUUGGGGAGAACAAUAAUAUUCUAGUUAUACUGCGAGUUAUCUGCAGGAGUUAUUUAUAGAAGCAAAGGCUGGGUUCCCAUUGUCUUUC